AAAAUACUUGUUGUCAUGAAGGUGCUUAAACUUUGGAACAAAUACCGAAUUUCCAAUAUUCCAUCACUGAUAUUCCUAGAUGCCACCACCGGGAAGGUUGUGUGCAGGAAUGGGCUGCUGGUGAUCCGUGAUGACCCAGAAGGUUUGGAAUUCCCUUGGGGACCUAAGCCCUUCAGGGAAGUCAUUGCAGGGCCCUUGCUUAGAAAUAAUGGGCAGUCCCUGGAGAGCAGCAGCCUGGAGGGGUCUCACGUGGGCGUCUAUUUCUCCGCACACUGGUGUCCCCCUUGCCGAAGCCUCACCCGGGUCCUGGUGGAAUCCUACCGGAAGAUCAAGGAGGCAGGCCAGAAAUUCGAGAUCAUCUUUGUUAGUGCAGACAGGUCAGAGGACUCCUUCAAACAGUACUUCAGUGAGAUGCCCUGGCUCGCCGUCCCCUACACCGACGAGGCCCGGCGGUCACGCCUCAACCGGCUGUAUGGGAUCCAAGGCAUCCCCACCCUCAUCGUGCUGGACCCGCAGGGGGAGGUGAUCACGCGGCAGGGGCGGGUGGAGGUGCUGAACGACGAGGACUGCAGGGAGUUCCCGUGGCACCCCAAGCCCGUGCUGGAACUGUCCGACUCCAACGCCGUGCAGCUCAACGAGGGCCCCUGCCUCGUCCUUUUUGUAGAUUCUGAGGAUGAUGGGGAGUCCGAGGCGGCCAAGCAGCUGAUCCAGCCCAUAGCUGAGAAGAUCAUCGCCAAGUACAAAGCCAAAGAGGAGGAGGCGCCGCUUCUGUUCUUCGUGGCGGGGGAGGAUGACAUGACCGACUCCCUGCGAGAUUACACCAACCUGCCCGAGGCCGCCCCCUUGCUCACCAUCCUGGACAUGUCAGCCCGGGCCAAGUACGUGAUGGACGUGGAGGAGAUCACCCCUGCCAUUGUGGAGGCCUUUGUGAAUGACUUCCUAGCAGAAAAGCUCAAACCAGAGCCCAUCUAGUGGGGCUCCGGCCUCGUGAGACAUUAUUUAAAACUCAGUCUUCUCCUCCUUCUCCUCUUCCCCUUCCUUCCCUCUGCCCAUGGACUUUCCCAGCGUGUCCUGAAUCACACAACCCAAGUGUCCAACCUCUCUGUGGUGCCUUGUUUUCUGCACUAACUCCUCAGCCAGCACCCUGGGUGCGCAUCCUCUCAGCAGCAGAAGAACCACCAUGUUUGGAGACUCUGCUUGGGAUUCUCGGGGUUCCCGUAACCCGGCCAGGGCUGGGGCUGCGGCACCCCCUGUCACCAGGUUCCGUACCGAGUGAGCCUGCAGGGACGGUGCUCGGUGCUCUGGCUCACACAGUUCAGCGACACAGGUGGGGCAGGGACAGGGCCACCGCCUCGUCAGGCCUUAGCUGAGAGCUUCUGGUGAGAAAGCCUUUCUAGAUGACUCUGUCUCGGUCUAGGGAAAACUAGCUUGUCCGUUGGUUCUUGGGCAAUUGAUCUCGGAUCUCAAAGGAAGCUUGUGUUCUUUUCUGGUGAGAAGAAAAAAAAAUAGCUACAGUCAUGAUUCAUGUAGUAAUUGCUUCAUUUGAUUGGGCUCCUACCAUGGGAGAAGAGCUCUCAUUCCUUCCUUAUCUUUCUUCCUUGAUCUUGACCUUCUCUAAGUUUCUGCCUUCUCAUAUGAACAGCCCCCACUAGCUUGGAAUUUUGUUAAUAAAUUCUUCCCCCUUGGACUUCUUCCCAAGGAGAUGCACUUGGCCCUGGUUCUUAGAGGAGCACCACCUCCCAGUGCAGACCGCUGACUCAGCCCGGCUCUGGGCCUGGGACCACGGAGCUCUGUUGAGGUGCCCAUGCCCACCUCUGGUUACCCCUGUCAUUCCCUUUUCUUUUCAGAGCAGAACUAAAAGGAGACAAAUUACCAGAAGCAUUGCUUUCCCCUAAGAACCUGCAGGAAGAGCUGUGCCCCAGGGUGGGAGUGAGGGCAGAGGACAUGGCGAUGAAGAGCAGGCCUUGGACCCACUUGGCUAGACCCUGGUAGUCGGCUCCUUAUUUGGGCUGAACUGACCACUAAAAGGAGAAUAACAUCUGUGUUCUUGGGAUUUGUGACGGAGGGUUUGCCUGGGGACUUGCAGGGUUUUAGCCUCUUUCAACCAGAUGCCAGAGUCCUUAAAGCAAUCCCAGACCUUCCCCGUGGCCCCACUCAUGGCACUCUGCCAGCCAAGACCAUGGAUUUGGAAAACCCAGCCCCCAAUUAGCUGUAACACCACUGCUCCUUGCCAAAUUGGAUUGUUGAUUUGUAGUUCAGAGGUACAAAAUUAGUUGGUAACGAGACUGUUACUCGAUGUCACCAGCCUGAAAUGCAGUCACCUAGUAAGCAAUAAAGCAGGCAUCUCUGGACGUUACCAACCACUCGGCCAUUCCUGUCCUUAAUAACAAACAUCUUUUUGCUUGUGGUGCUGUGCUUGUAGGAGGUGGGCAGGGGGAUGGGACAUAGGAGAGCCUCUCAAUUUUCAUUGGACACCUGGUGGCUACGUUUCAGAAUUGUCGAGAACCCCGAGACCCAAUGUGGUCAUCUGUCAAAUCCUUCGGAAGCCGGAAAGCUCGUUCGGAUUAGAGCACUAGAGGCAGCUCCCUGCUGGAGGCCUGGCUGCCAUCUCUCUUGGUUUGACUCGCCUUUGCACGCGGUGGAUUCUCAGAGUAGACAUCCUUGUGGACAUGUGUGCUCAUUCCCUCCCUGUAGGGGAGCAGAUGCCCUGAAGCUGGAGAAGUCCAGGUUGGGAAACACAAGGAAUCCGGCCCGUGUCUCCCUGUGAUGGAUGAGGCAGUAGUUGGAGAUCCUCCCACCUAGCUCUGUCUUAGGGCCGGGGUUUCUCUGGGAACCCUGUCAGUGUCUCCCUUGGGGGGUGGGAUGGGGGUGGGGACAAGUUGAGUUUCACCUCCUUUGGAAGAUGGGUAAGAUUCCUGUCCGUACCCGGUAUCGUGAUGACCUUGGGAGAAAGGUGGUCUCGUAGCAGCUACUUAUCUUCUGGGGUGGAAGGAACAACGUCCAGUGAAGAGUCCCUGUGAGUCACUGCAGCAGAAAAAAAUAGGUCAUCUGUGGUCCUAUGUCCCGUACAGGGCUGACUGAACUACUUGCCACUAAAGUCAACUAGCUCCUUGGCGCCAGAAUCCCCUUUAGAGAGGGGGUGCAGGUUCAGAUCGGUGCGAAGCUUCACUACAAAGGCGCAUUAGGGUUAUAGAAUGGCGACUUUGGUGGGCAAUGCUGGGGGAGCAAGACAGUGAAACAUCCCUGUCCUGAUAGCGCAAGCGAUCUUAAAGGUUAUUGGUGCAGACGAAGUGGGUGGCUUCUUAAUUUCCACUAAGCACCUCCAAAAUACCUUAAAAUUCUUGUCGCUAAUUGGAAGCAGGUUAAAACACCAGCUGUCGCGUAUUCAGGGGUUUCCGACAGCAGCUAAGGAAACCAUGCCCUGCAGCUUGAGGCAGGAUGGUGGUUGUAAAAAUGCCACCCCCGGGUUCCAGAUUGUGCUCACCACAAUGACUUCCAGAUUCGAUUCUAUCCGUUUUCACAGCAGAAAUGAGGGUGUGUUUUUUUUUUUGGUUUUUUUAAAUCUGUCCCCAACAAUAAAGAUCUGCUUCUUCUAGAUUGGUAUUACAAUGGGCAGUUGCAGAUGCCAGAGGGUGACUGAACACCAGCUUCCUUUGUCUCCCCCCUCGCCCCCCCGCCACACACACACACACUCACACACUUGAAAUCAAUGGCGCUCACUUACCCGAGCACUGGGAGCCAGUACUGCUUUUUUGGCAUCAGCCAAGCUUCAAGCGGUAAUUUUCAGCCAGACUUUGUUUUUUCCUGUUGCCUAAUUAAAGACACCGAAAAGCU